AUGGUCUCCAAAUCACUCACCUCCCUCGUCCUCCUCGCCUUCACCCUCACCGGUGUCGCAGCGGCCCCCGCCCCCACCACCCCCUGCGCCCAAGUGCACAUCAUCGCCGCCCGCGCAUCGACUGAGCCCCCCGGCCCCGGCAUCGUCGGUCAACUCAUCACCCAGAUCCAGAACCAGAGUUCCCAGACCGUUUCCACCGACUCGGUCGAUUAUCCUGCUACGCUUGAGAACUAUAACGAGAGCUCGUCGGCGGGUACUGCGGCACUCAAGACCCAUUUGACCAACCAGGCGAAUAGGUGCCCUAAUCAGAAGAUUGUGCUUAUUGGGUACUCGCAGGGCGCUCAUAUCAUCGGUGACACCCUCGCCGGCGGAGGAGGCGGCCUCUUGGGUACCCGAACUCCCGCUAUCGACUCUAGCAUCGCCAACCGAGUCGUCGCCGUAGCCAAAUUCGGCGACCCCCGCCACGUCGCCGGCAAGUCCUACAACGAGGGCACAGCUCGCAGGGACGGCAUGUUCCCCCGGGGCCUCACCCAGGACUACAGCCUCACCUUCCGCUCGCGCGUCAAGAGCUGGUGCGACUUUAAUGAUUUGUUCUGUGCUUCGGGUCUUUCGACUAUUGUCCAUUUGACGUACCUUGAGAGGUACCAGAAUGAUGCUGCGAGGUUUGUUCUUGAUAAGAUUGGUGGUUAA